AGCAUCAAACAGAGCUGGAGAUGAACCCGGAGGAACUGGCCGACACACUGUGGGGCGGGGAGCUUGGAAGGAUCCGUUCUGAAUACGUGGAAAGAGUCUCAGACCCAGUUAUCAAAGGUCUCCUGGAUGACCUUUGGCAGCAGAAGGUGUUCAGUAUUGGGGAAAAGGAAUCUGUGAUUGAGGGCCGGAGGAUCAGAGCGGACCGAGCACGUCUUCUGAUCGACAUGGUGAUUGGUAAAGGGGAGGGAGCAAGUCAAGUGAUGAUUGAAAGUAUGAAGAAGAGGGACGAACACUUAUGCUCCACCUUGGGUCUGAUGUCUUCUGCUGCUGGUGUGGGAUCUGCUGCUGUCGAGUACCAACAAAAAAUCAAGUCUCUUUUAAAGAAUAAGUUAUUUUGUGUGUUUGAGGGAAUCGCUAAAGCAGGACAUCCAACACCUCUGAAUGACAUCUACACAGAACUCUUCAUCACAGAGAGAGGCAGUGGAGAAGUCAACAAGGAACAUGAGGUCAGACUGAUUGAAACAGCUUCCAGGAAACCAGCCAUGGAUGAAAAACCAAUCAAAUGUGGAGACAUCUUUAAACCCUUUCCUGGACAAGAUAUACCAAACCGAACAAUUUUGACAACUGGAGUGGCCGGCAUUGGUAAAACAAUCUUAACACACAAGUUCACUCUGGACUGGGCUGAAGGCAACGCCAACCAAGACAUAAACUUCACGUUUCUCUUAACUUUCAGAAAGCUGAAUUUACUAAAUGGGAAAGAGGUUAGCCUAGUGGAACUUCUUAAUCACUUCUAUAUUGAGACCAAAGAUGCUGGAAUCUGCAGAUACGACCAGUUCCAAGUUGUCUUCAUCUUAGAUGGUCUGGAUGAGUGUCGAUUUCCUCUGGACUUCCAGUCCACCCCGAUCUUGACUGAUGUCACAAAGUCCACCUCGGUGGACGUGCUGCUGACAAACCUCAUCAGGGGCGACCUGCUUCCCUCUGCUCGCAUUUGGAUAACCACACGCCCUGUGGCAGCCAAUCAGAUCCCUGAUGAGUGUGUUGACAUGGUGACAGAGGUGAGAGGGUUCACCAACCAACAGAAGGAGGAUUACUUCAGGAAGAGAUUCAAAGGCGAGAUGUUGGCCAGCACAAUCAUCUCCCACAUAAAGAAAUCACGAAGCCUCCACAUCAUGUGUCACAUCCCAGUCUUCUGUUGGAUCAUUGCUACAGUUCUGGAGGACUUCUUCAAAAAAUCCCAGAUAGGAGAAGAGACGCCCAAGACCUUGACUCAGAUGUACAGCCACUUCCUGAGGGUUCAGUCCAUACAGGGGGACAGGAAGUAUCGUCGGAAUGCUGAAUCAGAUCCAGACUGGAAUUCAUGGAGCAUUGACAUCAUUGUUUCUUUGGGAAAACUUGCUUUUAACCAGCUGGAGAAAGGCCACCUGAUUUUCUACGAGGCAGACCUGAAAGAGCAUGAAAUCGAUAUCAAAGAAGCCUCAGUGUACUCAGGGGUGUUUAACCAGAUCUUUAAAGAGGAGUGUGGGCUGUACCAGGAAAAGGUGUUCUGCUUUGUCCAUCUGAGCCUCCAGGAGUUUCUGGCUGCCCUUUAUGUCUUUGGUAACUUCAUCUACACUGGUGUCAAUCUGCUCUCAGAAGAGAGAGCAGUAGGGCUGCUAGCACCCAAUCUGCUCUCAGAAGAGAGCAGAUUGAUCUCCAGUGAAGAUAAACUUCUCCUCUUCUACCAGAGUGCUGUGGACAAGGCCUUACAGAGUAAGAACGGACACCUGGACUUGUUCCUCCGCUUCCUCCUGGGCCUCUCUCUGGAGACCAAUCAGAGUGUCCUGCGAGGCCUGCUGGCACGGACAGAAACUAGCUCACUGACCAAUACAAAAACAGUGUCUUACAUCAAGGAGAAAAUAGAUGGAGAUCUCUCUCCAGAGAGAAGCAUCAAUCUGUUCCACUGUCUGAAUGAGAUGAACGACCGUUAUCUAGUGGAGGAGAUCCAACAGUCCCUGACAUAUGGAAGUCUCUCCACAGAAUCUCUCUCUCCUGCUCAGUGGUCAGCUCUGGUCUUCAUCUUACUGUCAUCAGAAGAGGAGCUGGACGUGUUUGACCUGAAGAAAUACUCUGCUUCAGAGGAGGGUCUUCUGAGGCUGCUGCCAGUGGUCAAAGCCUCCAAAACGUCUGUGUAGGUUCAAUAAUAACAUCUGUCAGAGAGAUGCUGUGAAGCUCUGGCCUCAGUUCUCAGCUCAGACUCCUGUAGUCUGAGAGACCUGGACCUGAGUACCAAUGAUCUGCAGGAUUCAGG